AUGGUCUUCAAACCAUUCAAGCCUCUUUCAAUAAAAAAGCCAUCUCAAUCAACCGCACCGACACAAGAACCAUCUGCAAAGCCUUCCGAAAGCGAUGAUGGCCCGCCUGCGAAGCGGCCGCGUCUGAUUUCUCAAGAUACGAACGGCACCGGAAACGCCUGUCCUACAACGAGUCAACGGAAGCCUUUACUGCAGGUAAAGAAUGUUGGCGAGGCAUCCGCUGUAAGCAGCAACGAAAGCGGGGAUGGAAAUGCGAGUACAGAUUCACCCUCCGGCGUGCGUUACUUCAACGUGCUAUGGCGAAAACCAACUGCGAAGAAGAACAAAACGUGGGACGGCGACGGGAUCAUUUCGGCGCGCGAUGGAUACGUCUACCUGCAGGACGUCUCGGGAAGGGAUAUGGGUCGUGCGAUGAACGGAUCUGCUCUGAAACCGGGCGCCAUACUAUCGAUUGGAGGGAAAGAGGUCGAAGUUGAUACGGAGAUCCCAAGGAAGGAAUAUCUGGCUGGAAGACCGUUCUUGGAGACGAAGACAGAGAUACCGACACCGCCAUCACCUCCAAGACCACUGCCGUCGAAAAAGGCGUCUGUUUCUGUGCCGACAAGCCGAGAGAGGAAUACGUCAGCAUCGGAACCGUCCGUGUCUACUCCGGGGCUGGGUAGGACUAAAGUUAAAGAAAGUCGGCCUCUGAGUUUAGCGAGUCGCGGGUUGAUUUCGGGCGCCUAUAAGAAACCGUUGCUUGAGAGUACAGUUAUGCCCGCUGUUUUGCUGGAUGAACCUACUCCGCGCCAUGACCCCAAGCACCCUGGUGCAGUGGUAAUGAAGCGGCCGAGCUCCGUGCCCAAGGGCAAACGGAUAGUCGAUGUCGUUGUGGAUCCUAUCCUGGGAAAACAUCUCCGGCCACACCAGCGCGAGGGUGUGAAGUUCUUGUACGAGUGUGUUAUGGGAAUGCGAUCAUUUAAUGGUGAGGGCGCGAUUCUAGCCGAUGACAUGGGCUUGGGAAAGACCUUGCAGACCAUCACUCUGUUGUGGACCUUACUGAAACAGAAUCCGAUCUACGAGGCUGGGCCAGUGAUCAAAAAGGCUCUUAUCGUGUGCCCGGUCACACUGAUCAAUAACUGGAGGAGAGAGGUUCGGAAAUGGCUUGGUAAUGAGCGCAUCGGCGUCUUUGUCUUUGAUGAUAAGAGGAAGCGCCUGACUGAUUUUACUAAGGGCAAGGCCUACAGCAUCAUGAUCGUUGGCUACGAGAAACUGAGGACCGUUCAAGAGGGGCUGGCGCGUGGCAAUGGUGUCGACAUUGUCAUUGCAGAUGAAGGCCAUCGGUUGAAGACGCUUCAGAACAAGAGCGGGCAGGCCAUCCAGUCACUCAACACUACGAAGAGAGUUAUACUCUCCGGCACGCCUAUUCAAAACGAUUUGAAGGAAUUCUUUGCGGCUGUGGAUCUUGUCAAUCCAGGUGUUCUAGGGACAUUCAAGUCUUUUAUUAAGGAGUUCGAGGGCCCUAUUGUGAGGAGCAGACAACCUGAAGCUACGGAGAAGGACAUUGAAAAGGGAGAGGCUCGGAAUGAAGAGCUUCGAGAACUGACAUCACAAUUUAUGCUGCGAAGAACGGCCGAUAUCCUUGCCAAGUAUCUGCCUCCGAAGACAGAAUACGUGCUCUUUUGCAAGCCCACCAAUACGCAGGCAAAGAUCUACCAGAACGUGCUUGCCUCGCCGGUCUUUCAAGGUGUCAUUGGAAGUUCAGAAAGCGCUCUGCAGUUGAUCACCAUCCUCAAAAAGCUCUGCAACAGCCCAUCUCUGCUUUCACAAAAAGACGCCGAUGGGAAGCCAAGCGAGACCAUCACGGCACUCUUAUCUUCAUUACCACCAAACCUCCUUCGACACUUCUCCCCUUCAUGCAGCGCUAAGAUCCGCGUUUUGGACCAGCUACUACACCACCUGCGCACAUCAACCUCUGAAAAGAUCGUGCUCGUUUCAAACUACACCUCCACCUUGAAUCUCCUCGCCAACCUCCUAAGCUCCCUUUCCCUCCCCUUCCUUCGCCUCGACGGCUCCACUCCCGCGCAAAAGCGCCAAAGCCUAGUCGAAGAUUUCAACCGCCUGCCAGCGACUACCUGCUUUGCCUUCCUGCUCUCCGCAAAGGCCGGAGGAACCGGUCUGAACCUGAUUGGCGCGAGCCGUCUCGUCCUUUUCGACGUCGACUGGAACCCAGCCACAGAUAUUCAAGCCAUGGCGCGCAUCCACCGCGACGGUCAGAAGCGCCAUUGCCAUAUCUACCGCAUUCUGCUACAGGGUAGUUUGGAGGAGAAGAUCUGGCAACGGCAGGUGACCAAAAUCGGGCUUGCCGAUAGCGUGAUGGAGAAUAAGGAUAGUGUCGCGCAGUUCUCGCGAGACGAGCUCAAGGACCUUUUCAGGCUUGAUGUGGAGAGUAAAUGCCAGACGCAUGAUCUUUUGGCUUGCGGCUGCGGUGGUAGGGGGUAUAUUACCGCUCCAGAUAGUGACGACACGCCCCUAGAAGAAGACUCGGUAGAACUCAACGAAAACGAUGGCAACGAGUCAGAUGCAUCUCUUCCUGACCUCCCAACUCUUCUGAAAGCCUCCGAAGUGGACAUGGAAGAACAAGAGCGUCAUCUCGAAACGAAAGGCAGACGCCCUCGUGCCUCCAAGGCGAAGAAUAAGAACAACAACUCCGGCAAACAGAAAAUCCAAGAGAGUCUCUCUCACUACGCACAUAUUGACCCGUCUCUUUUUGCCCCGUCGGCGUUGACGUCGGCGGUGCAGGAUACCGAGACCGAACCAGGUCUACCAGAGGGCCUUGAUCAAGUCCUGGAAGACGAAGUCUUGCGCUCUCUGUUAACGGAUGAGGAGAACCGGGUGCAGUUCCUAUUCAAGAAAUCGACGAAGCCUGAAGUCAAGGAUCCUACCCCUGCGGCUGACGAGGACACCAAGUCCAAGCCCAAGGCUAAGUCCAAAGACAGGGCUAAGGUUGGAAAUGACGCAGGGAUAGGCACGGCGGAGUCUCCCCUUGAUUUAUCUGACUAG